AUGUUAUUGGAAGAGCAAAGGUUCUUGCACGAGGACCUCGAGCGCCUUGAGCAAGGCAUCGCCGAUCGCAUUGGCGAUGAACCAAAACAUAUUCGGGAUCGCUUGGCGCAAGACCACCAGAUAUCGCAAUUUCUCGAUCGCAUUUCCGCACAAUCAGAAAAGCUCCUCACCAUAUAUCGCGAUGCAGACGGUACGAGGUCGCGCGAGAUCCAGCAGAUCGGGACCGGCGAUCCGAUGGAGGAGUUUUACAAACAGCUGGCCGAAGUGAAGAGCUUCCACGCAAGGUACCCGAACGAGCCGGUUGAGAACCUCGAGCGAGCAUACAAGCCGAAGAAGGGAGCCGAUGCCGAUCUAGCGCAACCCAGCAUCGUGGACACCAUGUUCACGGGUGAAGAAGCGUUUGGGCGGUUCUUCGAUCUACACACGUGCCACGAGCUCUACCUCAACCUCCCCAACGCCAAACGCUUAAGCUACCUACAAUAUCUGGAGUUGUUUGACAACUUCUCUCCCGGCGCUGGUGGUCUGAAGAGAUCCGAGAAGAUGACCGAUCAAUACUUCAAAUACGUCGGGCAGCUUGCUUUGGAUCUGGAAACCUUCAUGCGGAAGACGCGACCGUUAGAAAAUGUGGAUAAGAUUAUUGCUGACUUCGACAACGAGUUUUCUACCGCGUGGGAGAAGGACGAGGUAGCGGAAUGGAAGAACGAAGCGUCAGCUACUAGUGGCGCGAACGAGCACAUGACAUCAGGCGAUGGUAUCUGGUGUGAGGAUUGUGAGAAGGAUUUCAAGAAUGAGAACGUCUACAAGGGACAUCUCUCUGGCAAGAAGCAUACCAGAGCAGCUGCUGAACGGGCAAAACGAUUGCAAGAAGGCGACGAGUCCACGAACGGUGCGGGCAAAGGUGGACCAUCGGCAAAUCGGCUAAAGGAACGGGCGAUUGCGGAGCGCGAGUUCCGUAUCAAGCGUCUGGCCAGCGCGAUGAGCACAGAACGCAGUGAUACCCGGGUGAACGUCGAACGGAAGCAGGGCAUGACGGAACGUGAGCGACAGCAGGAACUGGAAAACCUCUUCAACACGUCGAACGCGACAAACCAGGCCAUGGAGACAGAAGAAGGCGAUGAGGAGGAUGACGACGAGAGGAUAUACAACCCCUUGAAACUACCGCUUGCAUGGGACGGCAAGCCCAUCCCAUUCUGGCUGUACAAGCUCCACGGACUGGGUGUCGAAUUCGCAUGUGAGGUGUGCGGAAACUUCGUUUACAUGGGGCGGAGGGCGUUUGACAAGCACUUCAACGAGGCACGACAUAUCUACGGACUGAAGUGUCUCGGUAUCACGAAUACGGCACUCUUCAGGGAUAUCACUGCCAUUGACGAGGCUUUGAGGUUAUGGGAGAAGAUCCAGAAGGACAAGCGGCAGGGCAAGGUGGAUGACAGCACUGUCAUCCAGAUGGAGGAUGCAGAAGGAAACGUUAUGCCUGAAAAGGUCUACUACGAUCUGCAGAAGCAGGGUCUGUUGUAA